AUGGUCUCCAGAGACCUCAUUCAGGGCAUCUGCUUUCUCUUCCAGACAGCAGUGGGACUCGUUGGGAGCACCUUCCUGCUCAUGGUCCAUGUCUUCCUACUCCAUGAGCCCAAGUCCAUGGACCUAGUCAUCAACUACCUGGCCUUAGUACACAUCAUGAUGCUCCUCACCAGGUUGGUCAUAGUGACGGUAUCAGCUCAUGGUCUGCGGCAGCUCCAGACCGACGUCCGGUGUAAGUGGUUUGCAUUUUUGUACCGCAGUUCACGUGGUGCCUCCAUGGGCACCACCAGCCUCCUGAGCUCAAUCCAGGCCAUCACGGUGAGCCCCAGACACCCCUCUUGGGCCCGGCUCAAAGCCUUGAUGUCCAGGCGCAUCUUCCCAGCUUGCAUCUCCAUCUGGUUCAUCAACCUUCUUGUGGAAGCCAACCUCCUCGUGAAGAUGGUUUCAUUCCCCAGUGCGACCAGCAGAGAGAACAGUUUCCAUGACAACUAUUGCAUGUUGUCCAGGAUCAGCACGCCCAUCAGCUCUCUGCUCCAGGUGCUGUUCCUGACCCUUAUGACAGCCCGUGACAUCCUCUCCUCUCCACUGGGGCUCAUGGGAAGCUCCAGUGUCUACAUGGUCCUCCUCCUCCUACACCAUGGCCAGAGGGUCUACCAUCUCCAUGGCCACUGCCCGAUGCCCAGGACCUCACUGGAGACCCGGGCCACCCAAACCAUCCUGCUCCUGGUGAGCUGUUUCGUAGUCUUUCAUUCUGGAGACUUUGUCCUCUCCCUCUUCCUCGGGACAAUGCUGAGAAACAAUCUCUUCCUCUUGGUCAUUUCACAGUUUGUGGUCAGUAGUUAUGCCACCAUCAGCCCCUUCGUGCUGCUCAACAGUCACUGCCAGGUCACCAAACUCCUGGAUUCCUUUUUAGGGAAAAAAGACCCCAUCCCUUAA